CGCCCACUGGUCCGCGUGCGUUACGUAAAGGCUGACGCAAGCGGAUGUCUGUCUGGAAAAUUUGAGUUUUUGUGCGAAGUGUUGGGGUGUGUUGUGUGUGCAACAGAUUGUUUUUGCUCGCAUUGUCGUGCUUCAUCUGGAAGGUGUCAAAAUGGUUGUUCUAUCCAAAGAGUAUGGCUAUGUGGUGUUGACCGGUAUGGCCAGUAUGAUCAUGGUGGGACACUUGGCAGUCAAAGUGGGCAAAGCUCGCAAGAAGUACAACGUGCCGUACCCGAAGAUGUACAGCGAUGACAGCGAAAACGGAAACGUUUUCAACUGCAUCCAGCGCUCGCACCAAAACACUCUGGAGCAAUAUCCAGCCUUCCUUUUCUGCCUGGCUGUCGGUGGCUUGCAUUGUCCUCGUCUGGCCAGCGGACUCGGAGCUGUGUGGAUAAUUGGUAGAGAGGUGUACGCCCACGGCUACUCAACAGGAGAUCCUCAAAAAAGGGCGCACGGAGCAUUUGGGACCGUGGCUUUGCUCGGAAUGAUGCUGACCACGGCCCACUUUGGAUGUCACCUGGUGGGCUGGACGGGACCAUGCGUUUGGCAGAAGACGCACUGUUGUUGAGGACCUAAGAGUGUGGCCUUUAUUACUCAGUAAAUGUAAACACUUCUGCCUUGUUUUGCUGUGUGUGUGUGUAUGUGUGUGUGUGAGAAUCAAGUCAUCUGACUGGUUCUCCAUGUUGGAAUCAUGGAGAGUGGUUGCACCCAGUGUCCUCCCGCCAGGUUGCCAUGGGUUGCAUACUGAUUUUGACAUUAUAAAUAAAAUGGCCAUCUUUACAGGUGGCAUAAAAAUGGCAAA